AGUUUUGAGUGCCACAUCGAGUUCAUUUUAAUGGCAAUUACUUAUUACACAAAUACAUACGACAGCAUGUGUUUAAUUUAUAGGUGCCACCGCUUGUAUUUCUACUUUUUUCUUUGCUUUUCUCUUAUGCAGUUAAGAAUGUGUAAUCCAGGGAGGGGAAAAAGAGCUACGAUCUCCUCCCCUUGUACUCUUUUCACAGAAACACAUGCUACCAAUUUGACUUGUGCAUGUGUAUUAGGUCGGCAGUGGUGGAAGACCAGUGUUAGUAAAACUUACAAAGAAUACGUAGCUUUGCUGCCAGUGAGAUCUGAAACAGUGGAAUGGCUCAUAAUUUAGACUUGAACUUAAUCUAGAGGGGAACAGGAUGGAAUCGAAUGGCAACCCGUGGAAACGUCAUUUGUUUAAUAGUACUUUGAUUAUGUUUGCAGAGCAAAACUUCCUUCUUCCUCCUUGUCCUGGACUGGUCUGAGGUGGGCAGAGGUGGAGAAAAAAUCUUGACAAUCAGAUGCAAACUUGGAUUCACUUGUUGGAGUUUCUCACAUGGGACAGACAUGGCUAAAGGAGUGUACAUCUCUAAAUCCCUGGCUAUUGCCACAGGGGUUCUGACACUUUCUGCGCUUGGUGGCAUCAUUGUUAUGAUCACCCUGUAUCAGAUGCAGAUAGAAAAAAACCCACCAGUGCGUCCACCAAGACCCGUUCCUACUACACCGAUUCCAACAGGACUCCCACCAACUCUGCGACUUCCUGACAAUUUGAUUCCAGAGAGCUACGAAGUCAACCUUCAACCAUAUCUCUAUGUGGAACUGCCCAAUGCAACCGAGCAAGUUUAUAUUUUUGAAGGGAACUCAACAGUCAGGUUUAAAUGUGUGAAAGACACAUGGACUAUCUUUCUUCAUGCCCUGGAUCUAUCUAUAGACGAAGUUAUAGUGACCCAUUCUAACACAAAGGAAAUCAUAAAAGUAGAGAGAUACACUUUGCACAACGACUCUCAUUUCUUUGAGAUUCUGUUAAAGAAACAGUUAGUAGGAAAUGGGGGCUAUUAUGAUCUUUUCACUAAGUUCAAAGGGGAACUCCUUGAUGAUUUGACUGGCCUUUAUACAAGCCAGUACACAGAGAUAAGUGAUGGUGAAGAAGAGAAAAGAUUUCUCGUUGCAAGCCAGAUGCAAGCCACAGAGGCUAGAAAAGUAUUCCCCUGCUUUGAUGAACCAGCUAUGAAAGCAGUAUUUAAUAUUACUAUUAUCCACAGAGCUAAGACCAAAGCCCUUUCCAAUGCGAGGUCUGACAAUGAACGAUAUGUGGAUGGAGAUAAAUGGGUUGCUACUACAUUUGCCCCAACACCAAUCAUGUCAACAUAUCUCUUGGCUUUCACAGUAAAUACAUUUUUGAGUGAAAGUGAUAAACACGAUGACAAGGAACUAUCGAUCUGGGCCAGACCUGAGGCUGUGGCUGCUGGACAUGCCACCUAUGCAAUGAAUAUCACUGGGAAGAUUCUGAGCUUCUAUGAAAAGAAAUUUAACCUGAAAUAUCCAUUAAAGAAACUAGAUCAGAUGGCCCUGCCUGACUUCAGUGCAGGUGCUAUGGAAAACUGGGGUUUAACAAUGUACCGAGAAUCAGCUCUACUGUAUAAGGAAGGUGUGUCCUCUUCCUCCGAUAAAGAAUGGGUUGCCAUUGUGAUAGCUCAUGAGCUGGCACAUCAGUGGUUUGGAAACCUUGUCACAAUGAACUGGUGGAAUAACCUGUGGCUGAGUGAGGGAUUCGCAACAUACCUCUCAUACCUGGGAGUGAAUGACAUCGAGCCUACAUGGAAUAUAAGAGAUAUGUUUGUGCUAAAAGAAAUCCAGCCAGUUAUGGAGCUGGAUUCACUGAAUGCUUCACACCCUCUCAGCUUGAAAGAGUCUGAAGUUGAGACAACGUCUGACAUCUUGGGACUCUUUGACAGUAUCACCUACAAUAAGGGUGCAGCUGUGCUAAGAAUGUUAUCAACUUACAUGGGGGAGGAAAAGUUUUUUGAAGGACUUAGGAGCUACCUUGAAAAGUACAAGUACAAGACUGCUGACACUGCAGACCUGUGGAAGUGUAUGGACGAGGCUACACAUGAGGACAUAGAGAGCAUGAUGACAACAUGGACCGAGCAAGUGGGCUAUCCAGUCAUCAACAUAAAUACAACCACUGGAGAGAUUGCUCAGGAGCACUUCCUUUUAAAGGGAGCAGAGGACACUGGGCUUGAAUGGCAGGUUCCAAUUAUCUAUAUGAAAUCUGAUUUCGCCCAGCAGAAAACUUCACUAAAAGAAAAGGGGCCUGUGAGAAAGCCUAUUUUUGAAGUCACUGAUGAUGGAUGGCUACUGGUCAAUAUAAACUGUAGCGGUUAUUACAGAGUGAACUAUGAUGAACAGAACUGGAAUAGACUUAUCGAUCAACUGGAGAGUGAUCAUCAAGCUAUCCCGCUUAUCAACCGAGGCCAGUUAAUUGAUGAUGCAUUUAAUCUUGCUAGGGCCAAAUACAUCAAUGUCUCACUGGCAUUGAGCACAACCAAGUAUCUGAUAAAUGAAACCGAGUAUAUUCCAUGGGAGUCGGCUCUGAACAAUUUGGGUUACUUUAUUCUCAUGUUUGAUCGCUCGGAGGUCUACGGCCCCAUGCAGAAAUACCUACGAAAACAAGUUGGCCCACUUUACAAGUACUUCCAAGAGUACACUGAUAAUGCAACUGUUCCAGAUAUCCUUUCUGACCAGUAUAAUCAAAUAAAUGCCAUUUCAGUGGCAUGCAGCAAUGGUCUUACUGAGUGCACAGACAUGGCAACAAAGCUUUUCAAUGAGUGGAAAAAUGGGGAAAAUGGGACAAAUCGGAUUCCACCUAACUUAAAGUCCACCAUUUACUGCAAUGCCAUAGCAGUUGGAAAUGAGGAUGACUGGGAUUUUGCAUGGAAACAGUACAAAGAAGCCACAAUUGCCACAGAACAAGACGUACUGAGAUAUGCACUCUCCUGUACCAAAAUAAUCUGGCUCUUAAACAGAUACCUUGAGUACACUCUAGACCCUAACAAGAUAAGGAAGAUGGAUGUCGUGUCUACCAUAAACUACAUUGCCAGGAACGUAGCUGGACAAGCUCUUGCCUGGGAUUUCAUUCGGGCCCAAUGGACCUACAUAAGUCAACUGUACGGAGGUGGGAUAAUAUCUGUCGGAAGCUUGAUUGACGAUGUGACUGAGAGGUUCUCCACAGACUUUGAGCUCCAACAGCUGAAGCAGUUCCGAAGUGAAUUUGAUGAAGAUGGUCUCGGGCCAACAACACGAGCUCUCGAUCAGGCAAUUGAGAGGACUGAAGCAAACAUUAAAUGGGUGAAAGAGAAUAAACAAACUGUAUUGAACUGGUUCAUAGAACAGGCACAGGUCUACUGAGCAUUCACAGGUCUGCACAACUCUGUAUGCAUAGUAGAGCCAGAGCAAUGAGAAACAGAUGUAGAGUAAUGGUGUGGUUAUAGAGACAACAUCCUGUGUUUCACAAUGGUUUUUUUUCCCCACAAGCCUGUUUCAUAAGGAAAUCACAUUACGUUGAAUAGGAAGAGAAAACAGCCCCCCCCCCCCCCCCAUAAAGACUGUAAUCUGAUGAAAAAUAAGAAUUAUGUAAUUAUGCAAUUCAUCAUUUUAAAGAAUUUUAAAAAUACUUUAUCAGAAGAUGAGCUGAAUAUCAUCAUAUUGCUUUGAAAAUAACCAGAAAAUUGCAUAGGUCUGUGCAAUUUUAGUUAUCCAUAUAUUACUGGUGCCAGUUGUUGCUUAAUUAACACAAAAUGAAAUAUAAAUUAACAUAUGUGCUCACCAUUAACCAAUGUGUUCUAAGGAAUCUAGAUUAAUUUAUUGAUUCAAUCAUGUGUAGAACUACAAAUAAAAAACUGUUUACACAGAUGAAGUAACAUCUAAGUAUGCUACUUACUCAGGCAUAUUAAGUAUUUUAAGUAAAUAUAUUCAUUUACUCAAUAGUAUAUUUUGUAAGUACAGAAACUACUAUAAAUGUAUAUACUCCUUGCCUAAAAUCACUCUCUCUGUUCAUUUCUGAAUGAAAUUCAAAUAUAAAACAUUGAUUAUUUUUUUUCUCUUAAACCUCAUUUUUCCAUUUGAUUAAUAUUCAUUUGACCUUUUUGUUUGUACACUUAGUUGCCUUGUACCUGCACUUAUCACUGCACUGCAUCAGGUUCACCUACCGUAUAGGCGCCCUUUAUAGGUCUAAAAUUACUGACAGUGGUAUCAAUUGUGUCAGGUGUCCUCUCCUUGUUUAUGAAAGAAAAUGGCCACUUACUAACCAGAUAAUUUGCCAGCAAAAUCCCAGCAAUGCUUCUGGACCAAAUAUGCUUCAGCGACACAAACAAACAUGCCAAGAAUGCUUCACAGCCCAAAGAACAUCUGGUGAUCACAUUCCAGUGAAGGACUGGUAGAAUGUGGCUGAUAAUGUGUAGUUCAUUAAAAAUUGUAGAGUAGUAAAGAAAACCACUAGAAUAACUAAAACUGCAUUAAGACUGCAUUUAAAUCAUUUGUGCAGUUAAAUAUAAUCUGCUAUUUGCAAUGUAUACAUUGAUACACUGUACAU